GUUACGAGACGGAUCGGUCAGAUUCUCCUCUCGCUCAGUGCUAACCAGAACCGAACCUGCUCCUCCUCCUUCCCGCUCGGAUAAUCUCUUUCCUUCGACCCAACAUCCUGCUCCGAAUGACAUUACUGAAAUGAUGCUGCUGAAAUGUUCUGUAACCACCCCCUCUCCCGAGCCCUCCGCCUCCCUCACCUGCGCCCACCCCGAACAAGUCCCUACUACCAUUUCUGUCUUCCCUCUCGCUUCUUCAACAACACCUCGUCGUCGUCGUCGUCGUCGUCGUCGUCCUGCCUUUUCACUCCACCCCUAGAGCCCGGCGCAUACAGCGAUCCCGCCGCCGCCGACUCUGCCAACACCAUCCUCCACCUGCUGCGCAGCACCGACCCCUCCGCCGUAUCCUCCGCCCUCCGCCACUGCGGCGUAUCUCCCACCCCUUCCCUCGUCGCCUCCCUCCUCGACUCUCCUGCCUCUUCUCUUUCCUCCCUCCCCGCCGCCUCCCUCCUCUCCUUCUCCCUCUGGGCCCGCCCCCACCUCCCCGCCCACCUCCUGGCCUCCCUCGUCGACCUCCUCGCCCGCUCCCGCUCCUUCAACUCCGCCUGGUCGCUCCUCCUCUCCCGCCCCUCCCCGCUCCCCGCCUUCGCCCCCCUCCUCCGCCGCUACGCCCGCGCCGGCUCCCCCUCCGCCGCCGUCCGCACCUUCCGCUUCCUCCUCCGCCACCCCGAAUCCCUCGCCGCCCCCCACGCUGACUGCUCCUGCCCCUUCGACCUCCUCAUCGACGCCCUCUGCAAGGAGGGCCACCCGCGCGCCGCCGCCGACCUCGUCCGCCGCCGCCGCUGCGAGGACGGCACCUGGUCCCCCCCCUCCGUCCGCGUCUACAACGUCCUCCUCCACGGCUGGUUCCGCGCGCGCCGCCUCAAGAAGGCCGAGCGGCUCUGGGGCGAGAUGCGCCGCGACGGCGUGCGCCCCACCGUCGUCACCUACGGCACCCUCAUCGAGGGCCUCUGCCGCGCGCGCCGCCCUGACCAGGCCGCCGCCCUCCUCGACGAGAUGAAAGCCGCCGGUAUCGAGCCCAAUCUGCUCACCUGCAAUCCCAUCGUCGAUUCCCUCGCGGAGGCCCGGCGGUUUGCAGAUGCCCUCAGCAUGCUCGAGAAAUUUCCCCUCUACGGCGUAUCCCCCGACAUCUCCACUUAUAAUUCCCUCAUCAAAGGGUUCUGCAAGAGUGGUGAUCUCGCGGGGGCCAGCAAGAUGAUCAAGUCGAUGAUCGGGAGGGGCAUUCUUCCGACCGCUACCACGUAUAAUUACUUCUUCAGGUUCUUUGCCAAGUUCGGGAGGAUCGAAGAGGGCAUGAACCUGUACACGAAGAUGGUCCGGUCUGGGUAUGCCCCGGAUCAGCUCACCUUCCAGCUUCUGAUCAAAAUGUUCUGCGAGAAUGAUAAGCUAGACUUGGCUGUGCAGAUGAUAAAAGAGAUGAACAGAAGUGGGUUUGCAUCCGACCUGGCCACGAGCACCAUGUUGGUGCAUUUGCUCUGCCGGACGCGCCGGUUUGAAGAUGCCUGUGAGGAGUUUGGGGAAAUGUUUAAGCGGGGAAUUGUUCCUCAGUACAUUACGUAUCGGAUGCUCAUGAAAGAAUUGAAGAGGUUGGGGAUGCCCCGGUUGGAAAAGAAGCUGAGCGAUCUCAUGCAUUCUGUCCCGCAUUCUACUAAAUUGCCGGGUUCUUACAGGGAUAAAGAAGGGGAUGAGACUGUCAAGUUGAGGAAGUCCAUUAUAAACAAGGCCCAAGCUAUGUCUGAUGCUUUGAAGGAGUGUAAUGAUCCGAAGGAAUUGAGUAGACUAAAGAGCUCUACAGAGAGUGCACUUGAGAGUGCAAAUAGAUUGGUAGCAGAUAUUAGAAGAAGAGUAUAUGCAGUGCAAAGUGACUAGCGAUGAGACUUAGCUUGAGCUCCUUCGGCUGGCUGAGGCUACGAAUUGUGUUGGUGACCUGUUGUGUUCAUUUUUGGUUAUACUUCCCAACUAAACUGCAUAUGAAGUAUCUUCGUAUAUUCUUUAGGGAAGAUUGAAGCAGUUGAUUGUUUCAUUUCUUUUGUGGAUCAAGAGGAGCUCCUUCAUUCUUUUGAAGUAAAAAAAGGGAUGCUUUUACAACUUCACAAGAGAAGAGAGGUGAAGAGAAGGUUUGGGAAGGUCUGCUUUCUUUGUCUUCUUGCUUAGUUCAAUACUUGCAAUGGUGAUUGGAGGCGUUCCCGAAGUUUUCGAGGCCUAAUUCACAAGAUUGGAAGGGGCUUCAAGGAAAUAGGGUUUUCCUUAUUUGGAUGUUGUAUGCUAUUUAUUUUCUACGCCUGCGGUUGUAGCCCAGUAGUGGGCGAAUCAGAAGCCGGAGUAAAUAUGUCUGCGUAAGGAGAUGCUUUAAACAAUCCAGAGUUGUUGCUUGCAGAAUUUGCUCAUAGUUGAAAGUUAUACACCUAUUCCCAGGUCCCAAUGCUUAGAUGCAAUCACAGCUUAAAUGCAUUCUAAGGAACUUGCUAUGAAGAUACGAAGGCAACCAUAUUUCUGUUUUAUCUAUUACAACUAAAACACUAAAUCAAUAUUCUGAUACCUUGUUUGGUA